UCAAAAAUGGCCACAUGGACGGUACAUUUGGAAGGAGGCCCUCGUCGUGUCAAUCAUGCAUCAAUUGCUGUUGGAUCUAGGAUAUAUUCAUUCGGUGGUUAUUGUAGUGGUGAGGUUACCGACGCGAAGGAUCCUCUUGAUGUACACGUUCUGAAUACCGAAAACUACCGAUGGAUAAAAAUGAAUCCGGGAUACGUUUACAAUAAUCGAAUAAUCACAAAAGCGACAAUCGAAAGCCCAUACUCAGACAGUGAUAAAAUGUUUGGAGCAGUACCAUAUCAAAGAUAUGGACACACUGUUGUUGAGUAUCAAGGAAAAGCUUAUGUAUGGGGUGGAAGAAAUGAUGAUUAUGGUGCAUGUAAUUUGUUACAUGAAUACGAUCCAGAAUACAACGUGUGGAAAAAAGUGGAAAUCGAAGGAUUUGUGCCACCAUCCCGUGAUGGUCAUACUGCAGUUGUUUGGAAUAAUCAAAUGUUUGUAUUUGGAGGAUAUGAGGAAGAUGCUCAACGAUUCAGUCAAGAGACUUAUGUAUUCGAUUUUGCCACCUCGACGUGGAGAGAAAUGCACACAAAGAACGAUCCUCCACGCUGGCGUGACUUCCAUACAGCUUCAGUAAUCGAUGGAAUGAUGUACAUAUUCGGUGGCCGUAGUGACGAGUCCGGUCAGGUCGGUGACGAGCACUUGUUCCACACGAUUCAUGAUCAAUAUGACGAUACAUUGAUGGCAUUGAAUUUGGCAACUGGAGCAUGGACACGGACAAAAGUACCGGAAAAUACGAUGAAGCCCGGCGGUCGGCGUAGUCAUUCGACGUGGGUCUACGAUGGAAAAAUGUACAUGUUUGGCGGUUAUUUGGGAACGAUUAAUGUACACUACAAUGAACUGUACUGUUUUGAUCCAAAAACGUCGAUGUGGAGUGUUAUUUCGGUCCGAGGCACAUACCCAUCAGCUCGCCGGCGUCACUGUUCGGUGGUCUCGAACGGAAAAGUGUACCUUUUCGGUGGAACGAUGCCGCUACCGUGUCAUCCACUCUCCACUACAAACUACAAUGGAAUGAUCUCACCCAGUGGACUUGCCGAUUUAUCUGAUCUUCAUGUUCUUGAUUUUGCUCCAUCCCUGAAAACGUUGGCAAUGCAAAGUGUGCUCAAUGAGCUCAAGGUGCCAUCAAAAGGAAUGUUCGAAACGCUCCAAAACGAGCUUGCCGCUGAUAUUCGAUUUGAAAUGUACUGUCAAGUGAUGCCAAAUGUCGUUUCAAAUGGAGGAUCACCGCGAAAUGAUCAAGCUGGAUAAUGAUUUAUCUGAAAAUAUAUAUAUAUAUAUAUCUGUAAUUUGAAAUAUUUUCUAUCCUGUAACUCAUGUGUAACUAAGAUUUCUUUCGCCGCCUUCUAACCAUUUUCUUUCGCUUUUUAACCGGAUUUUAUCCCCAACCAUUCAAUCGGGUAUCACUACUGUUGUUUUCUUUUUUGUCUCUUUUCGUUGAAUUUUCCCCAAAUUUCCAGGUUUCUAGAUCUUGUUUUGUCUGUACAUUGCCCCUCAACACAAAGUUAGUAUGUUUUAUUUUUUAUUGUUUUGUUUAUUCUGAAAUCCCCAAUGAUUUUUUGUGCCUCGAUCCUUGACGUGAUGAUAUGAAAAUAUCAAAUUUAA